UGUAUUAUCUAUCAGGAGUCAUGAGGGAGGGUUGGUGAAAGUAGCUUCCUUUAUUUCCUGAGUGGACAAAUGAAUGAUAAUGUGGAAACAACUGGAGGUCGGAAUUGAUUUUAUCAUGUGGGCAACCUGCUGCAACUGGUUCUGCUUGGAUGGACAGCCUGAGGAGGCCCCACCGCCCCAGGGAGCCAGGACGCAGGCCUAUUCCAACCCUGGGUAUAGCUCCUUCCCUUCCCCAACAGGCUCGGAACCAAGCUGCAAGGCUUGUGGGGCCCACUUCGCAAACAUGGCCAGGAAGCAGACCUGCCUGGACUGCAAGAAAAAUUUCUGCAUGACCUGUUCGAACCAAGUGGGGAACGGGCCCCGCCUCUGCCUCCUCUGCCAGCGAUUCCGAGCCACAGCCUUUCAGCGGGAGGAGCUCAUGAAGAUGAAGGUGAAGGACCUGAGGGACUAUCUCAGCCUUCAUGACAUCUCUACUGAAAUGUGCCGGGAGAAAGAGGAGCUCGUGUUGUUGGUGCUUGGCCAGCAACCCGUAGUCUCUCAGGAGGGCAGGACUCGUGCCCCCGCCUUGUCCCCGGGCUUCCUGGAGCAGCAGGCCUUCCUGACCCAGCCUCACGCCAGCACUGUACCUCCUACCUCGCCGAGCCUCCCCUCUGUGCCUGCACAGGCCACCUCUGUUACCCCAGCCCAGGCUCAGGAAACCCAGCAGGCCAAUGGCCAUGUGUCUCAGGACCAAGAGGAACCCGUCUACCUGGAGAGCACAGCCAGAGCACCUGCUGAGGAUGAGACCCAGUCUGUCGACUCGGAGGACAGCUUUGUCCCAGGCCGGAGGGCUUCCCUGUCUGACCUCACCGACCUGGGGGACAUUGAAGGUCUGACCGUGCGGCAGCUGAAGGAGAUCCUGGCCCGCAACUUCGUCAAUUACAAGGGCUGCUGCGAGAAGUGGGAGCUGAUGGAGCGGGUGACGCGGCUGUACAAGGACCAGAAGGGGCUCCAGCACCUGGUGUGUGGUGCUGAAGACCAAAAUGGCUUCAUUCCUGGCAAAAAAGGGCCAAGCUGAAUACAAGUUCUGCCAAAUAGAAGCGUUUCUGAGGGCAAUCUUUUAAGUACAACUUUAAAAGGAGCCUGCAAGGAAAUGGGCAGGUAGGUGGCUCUGUGGACGAAGCUUCAACAGCCCAGCUUCACUCCGGCCUUUCCAGCUAGGAGAAUUACAGGGGGGAGAGGGAGCAAGGGCAGGGUAACUGCAAGAUAUUUAUAGGGGAGGGAAAAAAAAGCUUCCUUUUAAAAGAAAACAAAAAGACAACCAAACCAGCACCCAGAUCUGAAAGAUCUAUGUAAACCAGCAGGAGAAACGGACUUCACUGGUGGCACCCACAGCACCUAAGUCCUGGUCAGGAAGAGACCAAGCACGGUUGGUGGGUUCUGGAAGAUGCACUGCUUGAAGAAAGGCCAUCCCACCUUGUCCUUGCCAUUGGCGCCUGCCUGCCCCAGCCUGCCCCAGCCAGAGCGCAGCCCUGCAGUGUGGUAGGGAAGUGUGUGGCUGACGGCCAGGGAGGGCUGCAGUCCUAGCAGGGAGCUACCAGCCUUCGUUUCCGGAUACACGCCCAAAUCCACUCCGGGGAGACCUGCUGAGCCUCAGGGUUCUUGUCCCCGCUACCCAGCACAUGUGUGGCUGAUGCCAUGUCAAAUUCCUGCACCAGGUCCCCAUCGAAUGCCACAAAGUAGCGUCUGAGACGGCUGAAGUCUGGCGUAGAGGGUGGCAGGUAGAGCCGCACGCCAGUGAAGAUGUCCAGCAGCACCUGCAAACGCACAGGGGUCAGGGUGUGUCCCCACCCAGAGGAGUGCAGGCCAGAGAGGAAGGUCUGAGGGCAGAACAAGAGCCAGAGCUGGAGGGAGCCUAGUCGUCAGGACGCGACCGCAGAGAAUUUACUGGAGAAUAGGACCAGGCAGCAAAACCCCAGUCCCUUACCACUACAGAGGACACAUGCCCCUCCCUGUCUAGAGGAAGAGUAGGAAGAGCAGGUGGGUCCCCACACUGGGGCCCUGGAGAAGGGAAAUGUAUGUCCAAGCUCCGUCCUGUGGGUCAGACUAGUGGCUCUUUGGCUCAGUAAUGCUAUGCUGGCUGGCAGAGCAGUCCACUGGUGCACAAGGAGCUAGGCUUGGGGGUGUCAGGAGCCCAGCUCUGCUGGGCAUGGGUUCAGGGGCUUCAGGCAGGGAAAUGAUGGGAAAGGUUCCACACUUCUGCUGGGGACUGAGUUCAGGGCCCUGCCUGCCAAACUCUGAUGCUUGCUUUCACUUGGGGAGUAGGGGAGGAUUCAUGUGGCUCCAUCGCACCGUAGAGAGAUCAAACGUUUGCCUAUGUGCCCUUUAGGCCAGCAGCUCCCCCAGGGCUGAGCCUCCUUCCUGGAUUCAGUAGGUGCUCAGAAGUGGUUUUCAAACCAAUGAUGGACAAGGGAGCAUGAAAGGAGAAAGGCUUUUAAGGUAGGAGGACAAUCACCAAGCCAGUGCCCCGUGCCCGCUCUUUGUGGGCUCCUGCUUUGGCCCAAAGCACAAACUCACACUGCUGCACUCCACCUAGACUGGGCUUUCUCCCCUUUAAUGUAAAUUGUGAACGGGACCAGCAGCCUGGUGGGUCCCUGCAGCCUCUCAGCUAGCCUGGGCUGUUCUAGCUCCUGCCUGCUGACAUAGUUCUUCCUCUCUGCUCCUUGGCCGGCCACCUCUGCAAGGCAACAAGAGGGCGGAGGGUGGAGCAGUGUCCUGCAGGCCCUGCCCAGGCCAGGUGUGCAGCUGGAGCAGGCCAGGGGGGCUGGCCCUUAGCCCCCACCACACUUUCGCUCGGCUCUGAGUGCCCAAGUGGAGGAGGUUGGGAUCACCAAGCCCUGGGCCAAACUGGUCCCCACCGCCUGCCCCACUGCCAUACACCAGGAUUCUUCUGCUCACCUUUGCUGGGCAUGAAGCCUCAUCGGGAGCCUUCCGCUUCUGCCCCACUUUCACAGGGGAAGGUUUGGCUAUCAACUUGUGGCCUGCAGGGGGAGAGCUCAGGAUGAGGCCGGGGGGAGGGCCAGGAUCUGGCUCUGCCAGGAAUGUGGGUGAGCGGGGAAAGGGGAGGCUGUAAGCUAGUAAGCCCUGUAGCUCAAGGGUGGCUUAUCGCUGGGUCCGAGGGGUCUCUCCUAGGGGCCUGUUACUCAGGUGCAGAGCAGAUGGAAGGGACCUAGAGAACGGCUUCUGGCCGACAGCCAGACACACCGAGGGAAAGCACUCCAUGUCUGCUUUUGGGAUAGAGUGAAUCACAUGCUCUCAGAGCUGGAACGUGAGACCGGGUCCCCCUCCUUUGAGCUCUGCCUUCAAGGCACACUCACCACCCCAGCCCAGUCCCUUCUCUUACCGCCUCUGUCAUUGGGGCUACUCGGCCUCCCUCCCACCUUCUUGGCCUUGCUAGCCCCAGCAGGCCCCGAGACACCCCCGUUCUCUCCGCCGCUGCUGCUGCCCCCUGUGGUGGAGCUUCCCUCCUCUCCAGCCGCCACAGCGAAGUCCGCCUUCUCCUUGGACAGCUGGUACAGUUCCUGGGGAGGCAACGGAGAAUAUCAGGUGUUCCUGGCCACUGGUUUCGGAGGUGUGUCUCAGUCGCAUGUGGCUGAGGAACAAAAAUGGGAGGGACACAAAUGGCCGGGAAAAGCACCUGACUUUCUUGGUGCUUUUCUAAACUUGGGCCAUUUCUUGGGUAAUCCAUGCAAGUCACUGUUCUCUGUCCCCACCCAGUUCUCAGCAACAGAGACUACAGCCGGGGGCCAAGUCCUGAGCAAAAGGCUGAGAGCAACACGGCUCUCUCUUGGGAGGUGCUGUGGCCCCCUGGCCCUGCGACAGGCAGGUCUCCCUCCUUGCCCUCCCUCUGGACAGGAACACACACACACAGUGUAAGCUGGCACCUUGAGCUGGGGAAGGUUAGUGGCAGAUUUCCAGUCCUUAUCGUCACGGAUCCGGGUACAACGAGGGAAUCGGAUGGAGAUCCCAUCGGCCGUGUGAGCCUCAGACCUGGAGAACUCAGCCCCCGUGAUUUCCCACACAGCAGCUUUCUGUUGGGAGUUGUCGCUGGUUAGGAAGGAAAACCUCUCCCAACCAGCUAGAAGCAAUACAGACUAGCUGAAACCCAAAAAGCCCUGGCUAACGGGGAGAUAGGUUCUAAUCCCACUAUUGCUGCUGCUAUAUGACCAGAGGGAAGCUCCAGCUCUCCCCUGGGGCCCCAGCUUCUCUGUCAGCGCCUGGAAGGAACUGGGCCAGGUCACUUCUAGAGCAAACCGUUUCUGUGUGUCUAGUCUCAUCUUCCCUCUACUAAGGAUGAUUCCUCACUGUUGACUGGCCCGUCCCUGGGCUGAACAGUCCAGAACCCCUCAGAGGCUGGACCGUCAGGUUGAGAUGGUAUUUCUGUGGCAUUAAAGAAUCUGCAAGUUCGUUCUGUGGGCUGGAGGGCCUCAGGUCACUGGGCUGGUACCUUUGGGUCUGGGACUAUGAAGUCAGGAUAGUAGAUCUUGUUGAUUUUCAGCCAGUUGGGUAUUUUGCUGGGAUCCUGGAAGAGAAAAGAUGCUAUCCUGGGCCAUUCCCAAACCAAACCAAACCUAAACUUAACCCUCCCUGAUCACGGGCUUGUGUGAAGAGGUGACUUCACAAAAAGCUGCCCCUCACCCCAUGGGAUCCUCCCUGCCCAGAGAGGGUGUGGCCUGGGGGCAUGCAGGCCAGUCUCCACAAGGUGGGCCCUCCAAGCCUCUGAAGGCCUAGUACUUCUCCCACGGCCAAGCAGGAGCUCUCCUCUCUGUGGACACAGGUGAACAAUCCCUGUUGUCCCCAAGCACAGCCAGUCUCAAGGAUGAGGUCCAGUCCAGAGGCUUGGGCCAAGCAGCCUCCUUCCUUACCUUGCUGAUCUUUACCAUGUCCAGUUCCUUCUGCAGGCGGGCAAGGGUCGCAUCAUCAUGGCCUCCUGAACACUUGGUGACCGUGCACCACUUCUGGCUACUUGGGUCAUAGCAGCCCAUGAGGAAGAUGGACAUCAUGCCACCUGGGAGGGGGGAUGAAUUAAGCUGUGGAUGGAGGGGCCACUGCUGCCAGCCCCAUGUGCCCAGUGAGGGGCAGCCUGCCGGAGGGGAAAGGCCUGGGCCCUGCCAUCAGAGCGCUGAGCUCACCUCCUGGAUCUACCUCCUACCAGCUGGAGGAGUCUGACCUUUACGAGCCCAUUUUCCUUUUCAGUAAAUUGGGGAUAAUCACAUACAACUUGUAAGGCUCUGGUAAGGAGUGAAAAAAAAAAAAAAACUGAACAGCG